AAGGAACAUCGUCUAUAAAGGUGUUUCUGUUCUGUUCAUUCGUGUUCGCUGCUUUGCGUUUCUGUGUUGUGUGUUUUUCGAAAAUACAGCAGGCGUCCAGCUCGUCAACUCGUACAGUAUGUCGUACAGAAGCUCAAGCAGCCGAGGUUACAGCAGCUCGGGUCGGGAUAACUACCGCAGCAGCGGAUCCUCGCGUGGGGGUCAACCUGGUGGUUCCCUCCGAAAACCGCGAUGGGACAUGGACAGACUUCCCCCAUUCCAGAAGGACUUCUAUCGCGAGAACGAAAUCACUCGCAAUAGAUCAUCUGGUGAUAUCGAUAAUUUCUUACAAAUGAACGAGAUUACCCUGUCCGGGCGCCAGUGUCCUAAACCGAUUUUAACGUUUGAUGAAAUUGCUCUGCCACAUGAUGUGUGUCGUGUUAUUCAGGAGCAGAAGUAUCAGGCUCCAACAUGCAUUCAGGCUCAAGGCUGGCCGAUUGCGCUGUCAGGACGCGACCUCGUGGGCAUUGCACAAACUGGCUCCGGAAAAACUCUGGCUUUUAUUCUACCGGCAAUCAUUCACAUCCAGAACCAGCCAAAGUUACAACGUGGGGAUGGUCCUAUCGCACUAGUGUUGGCUCCAACACGAGAGCUUGCCCAGCAGAUUCAGACGGUUGCUGACACGUUUGGACGCCCAGCGGGUGUUCGUAAUACGUGCGUGUUUGGAGGUGCGCCAAAAGGGCCCCAAAUUCGCGACCUUGAACGGGGUGUCGAGAUUUGUAUUGCUACGCCUGGCCGACUUAUUGACUUCCUUGAGGCAGGAAAGACGGAUUUGCGCAGAUGCACUUAUCUGGUGCUCGACGAGGCCGAUCGUAUGCUUGACAUGGGUUUCGAACCACAAAUUCGUAAAAUCAUUGAGCAGAUUCGUCCCGAUCGUCAAGUGCUUAUGUGGUCAGCAACGUGGCCAAAAGAAGUAAAGGGUCUGGCAGAAGACUUCUUGAAAGACUAUAUUCAGGUGAACAUAGGAGCCCUUCAACUUUCAGCCAACCACCGCAUUCUGCAGAUCAUAGAUGUAUGCUCUGAAUCAGAAAAGGACAAUAAACUGAUUAAGCUACUCGAGGAGAUCAUGCAAGAGAAAGAGAAUAAGACAAUCGUUUUCGCCGAGACGAAACGAAAAGUGGAUGAGAUCACUCGACGAAUGCGUCGAGAUGGCUGGCCUGCCAUGUGUAUCCAUGGUGAUAAAGCCCAGCAGGAACGUGACUGGGUGCUUCACGAGUUUCGAAGUGGCAAAAGCCCGAUUCUGGUAGCAACCGAUGUCGCGGCCAGAGGACUCGAUGUCGACGACGUGAAGUUUGUGAUCAAUUACGAUUACCCUAACUGCUCGGAGGACUACGUGCAUCGUAUUGGCCGAACAGCACGUUCUAAUAAAACUGGAACCGCCUAUACAUUCUUUACAUCAAACAACGCCAAACAGGCGCAGGAGCUGAUCGAUGUUCUUCAGGAAGCAAAACAGGUGAUAAACCCGAAGCUCUUUGAGCUGGCGGACUCUGCCAAGGGAUAUGGUGGGGCAAAACGCCGUUGGGGAGGUCCUCCGUCGCGCAAUGGUGGAGGUGGAUACCGUAAUGGCAGCAGUAGCUACUCGAACGGGCGCCCCAGGUGGUAGACCUACUCAUGAGUGUGAAGUUGGACGAUCAUCGUAUGAAGUGCAGAUGCACGGACCAUGAUGCGACCAGCAAACGAGUGAGAAGAGUAGAUGUCUGACGCUGCGAACACGUUCAAGCGGCAAAGGUUAAGGGGAACAAUAUAACAGCAAAGACAUAACAGCCCUUGGAUCAUGAUGUCCUGAGGAAAUCGAACGAAUGGAGAAAAUAUCUAGUUAUUAUUAUUAUUGUUAUAUAGUUACUUUACUAAUAAUCAAGGUAACCAGCAUAGGCCUAUAACAAGUUUAGUCGAAGAAUUUUAAGACACACAAACAGCAAAAAGCGAAAAAAGAACAGCACACGUAGCGUCAAUCGGCAGCGAUGAGUAAUUGAAAAUAUAAAUAAUUAUAACCACUUGAAGGCAAUACAAUAACCUAAUAUAUAUAUAUAUAUAUAUAUAUAUAUAUAUAUAUAUGAGAGAGAGAGAUUAGAGAGAGAGAGAGAGGGAAAACAAACUUUAACGGUAUGUUAUGCGGCAUAAUAUGAAUUGCUCGCUACUGCAGACCUUGGACAUCAGUGUCGUUGUUUUCGAGAUUUGCUCUGUCUAAUUGAAGUGACAAAUAGAAUACAAGUUUAAUUACCCCUUUACUUUCUUCCAAAUCCUCGUUUUGUUCGCUGCUGCGGCUACGUUUUGCACAAACCAGGGCGAAUAAGUAGCUCCGCUUCCUUGGACGUUCAAUUUGCACGGAGCGUACGCGAUCCGCCUGGCUACAAUCGGCGCUUUGCACUGUGUACAACCAAUCAUCCCAUCACAUUAUGUACAACAGUAUCAUUCUAAGUUCAUUAUAAACGAUUUAAAUAUACAUUAAAGAUAUAUAUAUAUAUAUAUAUACAUAGGCAUAAUUAUGCUACUCGAAAAUAGACUAUUGACAACCACCAUAAAAGCGCGCUCAUCAAUUAUUACGGAUAUUAGCCUAUUCGUCAGUUCAGUCAAACAUGUGCGUAAACAGGUAAAUCAUCACCUGUGCUUUAUUCGAUAGGUAAUUAAAAAAGGAGGUAACAAAUGAAAAAAAAGUUUUUCAUAGUGGCAAACGCGAAAUCACGCGCCGAUUAUUUUCAAUUUACAUGAAUAAGUAACAAAUUGAUUGUUGAAUCGUAGUCUUCCUUGCAACACUUUGUAGGCAAACCUGAACUGACAACAACAACAACAACAGGGGCCGGGGGUGUUGUUUGGGAUGAUUAGUCAACGUAUUGGCUUUUCGUAUUGUUGCCGGUUAUUACUUUGUAGAAACACUGCAGUUUAUGAAUUGUGAAUUCAUUUAAUUAUUAUCAUGAUUAUUAUUUCAUUGCAUUAAAAGGCGUACGAUAUAUAUUAUACUGGAAACGCUUGAGUAUAAUCUAAAUAUCAUAACUACUGUUGUACUGAUUAUCGUCAAGCGACGCAACAUUGUAUGCAGUUGACAGACUGUGCAUUUUUUUGACAUCAGAAUAAGAAUGGAGAUGGCUAAACUGGGAGUAAUUGAAACGGUUAAACUGGUUUGUCUUUUGCUCUGAGUUCUCACUCAGUGAGCUUGUAUUGCAAACGGACAAAAGCAGGCAGACCUUUCAGAAUCAUCAUGAAUCCGCAAACAAAGCAUGGGUUGUGGGUAUUUACUGCUUAAAGGCAACUUCAUAACGUGUGGUCUGUGUUAUUUGGUUCUGUGUUCGUAUACACGAAUUCCAAUGGGCCACCUCACCGUAGUGGUUGAGGUAAAUUCAUAUUAGUAGCAAGAUAGUGAAUAUAUUGCUAUGAAGGAGCAGGGGAUAAAUAUCCAUAAGGAACGAAAAAGUAACGUAUUCAAAAAAUUUGAUGAAAAAAGCUAACAUGAAAAGAGUAAAAAAGCACGUAAAUUUGAAUGGAAACGGUAAUAAUGUAAUACGAACAUCGACAAAUAAAAAUUAUAUUCGGAAAAUUCUGUUUUUUAAUA